AUGUUUCAAUCGACGAGUUCAUCGAGUAAUGUUCGAAUGGAUCGUCGGUUUGAUUGGGUUGGACCGCCGGAUAGUGUCUCAAAAAUCCGAAGGAUUAUGCUACGAAGACUUGAUAAUGAAACCGAAUUGGAACGGCAAUAUCGAAACGCAAGAGAAGAAUUAAAUCAGUGGAAUUCUGAUUUUUGGGCACAUCACAACACGCUAUUCGACACCAGAAAAGCGCAAUUCAUGGAAAAAAAAAGGUCCGAGUUGGGUCCAUUGGAGCAUGUUUCCGCCAACGAAAUGAGUGAAUUCUAUCGUGAUUUUCUUAAUGAUCGUCACAAGGCAUUGAUAGAGUACAACAAAGAAUGAAUGACUACAAAGCUGGGAAAACGAACUGGAGCUGCUAAAAGCGCUCGUCACACCAAAAAAUAUUGGAGGAAAGGGACAAACUUGGAUGAAAUUGAAGAUGCUCUACAUUCUAAGCGACGCGAAGAGGCAACUGGGGGGAUCAUCGCCGACAUGAAGGAUGACGAUCUCUUUGUGGUUGAUCGAGAGGCGAAUUCGACAAAAUUGAAAGUCACCAAGAAACAGCAAGCAGCUUUAGACAAAAUUACUCGAGCUAUUGACAAAGAUUUGGUUACAUUGCCGCCUCCAACGACAAAAAAGAUCAAAAUUGCGAAACUACCAAGAGGAAAUGCGAUUAAUAAAAAGAAAAUCGAAGAAAAAAGAGAAAAACUGAUUAAAAUGAAUUCCAAGCCAACGAAAGGUUUUGAUGUUUGGAGUUCUGAUUUGGAACCAAAAAUUGAAUUGUCGAAUGAGAAAGCUGCUGAUCAUUAUCUUCGCUACACGAAAAGAAAACAGCCAAAAGCACCGCCUGCUGCAAUUACUAGCUUAUUGCCCGCCGUUGAGGUUGUUGACGCUGGAGCUUCAUACAAUCCAGAAGCGGAAGAAUAUGAAGCGUAUAUCUCGAAAAUCGUCACCGAAGAGCAAAAAUUGAUAAAAACUGAAGAGAAAAUUAAGCGCGGAAUUGAGCCGCAGUGGGAGAAAAAAAUUACAGCGAAAGAGAAGCAGUUGGAGUUAAUGGAAGGACUUAAAAUCGAUCCGAGGUACGAUGAAAGUGAUGAGAAAGAAGAAGGAGAAGAAGAAGAAAUUGAUACUCAAGACAAUGCUGAAAGAAAAACUGUCAGUUUCGAAAGGCUUACUCUUGAAGAGAAAAAGAAGAAAGCGAAAUCGGAGGCAUUGAAGCUUAAAGAGAAAAAACGACUCGCUGAAAAGGAAAAAGAGAAAGAUUCGCACAAUGUUUAUAGAGCGAAGCAAAUACAGAAAGAUCUAGAAAUGGAGGAAAAGACAAGAGAAGCGGAAGCCGAAAAACGAAAAAGGAGCAAAGUGAUUGAAAAAUUGACAAAGCGGCAAAAGCUCGGAAAAGGCGAAUUUGUCGACGAAGAAGAACCAUUUUUGCUGACAGAAGAAUUGAGUGGAAAUUUGCGACAAGUCAAAGUCCAAGGAAGUAUUCUCGAGGAUCGUAUGAAGAGUUUGCAGCGCAGGAAUAUUCUGCCAAUUGGAGGUGAAAAAGCGAAGAGGAUGAAGAAGAGCUUGAAGAGAAUGUUUGUCGAAAAGCGCAGCGUGAAAGAAGUAUGCAAAGGAAGUCGCGUUAUCUAA